CCCCGCCGCCAUUCAACUGCACGCGGAGCGUCUCUCCGUGAGGCCCGUGACGGGUCCCAUCGUUAUUCCGCAUACCAGCCUGGGGAUGUGCGAUAACUUCACCAUCCCACACAAGCACCACACGGUGGGUGUGGCUGGCGCCGACAUGAUUCUCUACGCCAAUAUUUUUUCGACUUCUGGUCCAACCGCAUGGGCGAUUCCGUGCGUUCGGCUGGGUGAUGGCCGUCCAGUUGUUGCCGCCGUGAACUUCGACCCGAAGCAAGUAGCGGUGACAAGCAGGAACGUGCGGGUGGCAACCCACGAGUUGGGGCAUGCUCUUGGGUUUGGACGGGAAGUGUUUUUGAUGUUACAUAUGAUUUCCGAGGUCCCGAACGUGCGUGGGAUGCCCAAGGUGUCGGUGAUUUCAACGCCGAAGACGAAGGCAAUGGCGCGUCAGUACCACAACUGCCCCACACUUGAGGGCAUUGAGCUGGAGGACGAGGGUGGUUCUGGAACUGCACUGUCACAUUGGAAGAAACGCAACAUGAGAGACGAGAUGAUGACUAGUGAUGUGGGCGUAGGGCUGUACUCGGCACUGACGCUUGCAGCAUUCGAGGACAUGGGUUUUUAUGUGGCAAACCACAGCGCGGCGGAGAUGUUGUGGUGGGGCAACAACUCUGGCUGUGGGCUGCUGGAAAAGAAGUGCUUGACCGACGGCAUCACCGAAUACCCUCAUCUGUUCUGCAGCCAGUUUGACGUCUAUGAUUUCUGCACAUACGACCAUCUGUCUCUGGGCUUCUGUGACCUGAUGAGGCACGAGGAAGCCUUGCCACAGGAGUAUUGGUACUUCGCUGAUCCCCGACUUGGCGGUGAUGACUUCUACAUGAGCAGAUGCCCGCAUGUCAAGGAGUAUUCUAAUGGUGGGUGCACCAACGGCGAUCCUUCAGUAAUGCCUGGCAGUGUCGUUGGCCCGAAUUCGCGGUGCGUGAAGGGGCAGGAUCUUCAAUUCGACGACAAAUAUAUUGGCGACGUUUGUGUGGACACUCGAUGCGGCGACGGCACAGUGAGCGUGCGGUUCCUUGAUGACGAUGCGUGGCACGAGUGCCAGGAGGGUGAGACCGUCACGCCGCCAUCGGGUCCCUGGCGUGGGAGCAUUGUGUGCCCCCAAUACGCCGAUGUGUGCACCGCCUUCCCGAACAUCAGCAGCCACCCAAUACCGGUCGUUGACCCGCCUCUAGCGGACGACCCGACAUCCGCGGAGGGUGCGGAAGGAGACGAGGGUGAGGUUCCGAGGAAGCGGCCGCGGCGACUCUGA